AACCUCAACACUUCAGUACUUCCCUGAGCCAAAAAAAACAAAAAAAAAACAAACAACCCUAGUGACAGCUAGCCCCGUGAUAGCGAUACGUCAGGCCACCAUCCAUGUACGCCUAUCCCACCUUAGGAAGAGCCACCAGCACAACCUCCGCAAACUCCCAGGCCAACGACCCCGCUCACCAACAGACGGGUGUGUACUACGCGGCGCCCGCUGCCCACGACAGCCAAAUCUGGAAGCGCACAUCGAACGGCUACGUGGUGCCGCUCCAUCCUCAGGCGAAGGUGGGUAAGGACACGGGAAAAUCUCGCAAGCGCUUCAGACGUAAGUUCAGCGAGAUUGACCGGAUUUUCCGCUGCACGCACACGGGCUGCGACAAGGCGUAUGGUAAGUUAAACCACCUCAACACACACAUCAUCUCGCAGAAGCAUGGCGAGAAAAAAACAACGGAAGAGUACCGCGAAUUGUUGCGCCUGGCGCGUGGCAGCCACAACGCGCGCGAUGACGACCACGACUCCGAAGGCCUGGGCCUGGGUCGGCGCACGCUGGACCAGACGGAGUUAAAGUACAAUUCGGUGCGGCCGUACGACCCCACGGUCAAUUAUACAACUGGGCCGCAGGGUUAUCCGCCAGUCGCAGGUGCGGGGUUUGACCCCGCGGGCUACAAUGGCUACUACCCGAACGGUGCGCCGUACGGUGCAUUUCCCCAGGGCUUUGCUCCGGCACCGCAGCCGCCAGCAAACCCACUCCAGCACGCGCAGUUUCUCCCCUAUGGCGCGGCGGGCUAUCCGCAACCAUACCGCGGUGAGGAAAAGGUGAGCAUCUUGAACGAUGACAAGGAUGCGGGGACGGUUCAGUGAGUACCUGAGAGAGCUGGACACAUUCGUAACAGCAUUUCUAAGU